CGCUCCCGUCGGCGGCGGGGGCAGCUCUAUCCGGGCUCUUGGCGCUCUCCCUUCCUUUCGCGCCGGCGGCCGCUGGAGGCGGCGGGUCCAUGUGCGCUCGGCGCGGCCCCGGCCCCUGCCCUCCGCGCUGCCCCCGCCAUGGACCCCAGCGGCAUCAUCGAGGCCCUGCGGGGCACCAUGGACCCGGCGCUGCGCGAAGCCGCCGAACGACAGCUCAACGAGGCUCAUAAGUCAGUGAACUUUGUUUCAACUCUGCUUCAGAUCACUAUGUCCGAGCAACUGGAUUUACCAGUGAGACAGGCAGGAGUUAUCUACUUAAAAAACAUGAUAACCCAGUACUGGCCGGACCGUGAAAGUGCUCCUGGGGAGAUCCCACCUUACUCCAUCCCAGAAGAGGACAGACACUGCAUCCGGGAGAACAUUGUAGAAGCCAUUAUCCACUCUCCUGAGCUGAUCAGAGUGCAGCUUACUACUUGCAUUCACCACAUUAUCAAGUAUGAUUAUCCAAGUCGCUGGACUGCAGUUGUGGAGAAAAUUGGAUUUUAUCUCCAGUCUGACAAUAGCGCUUGUUGGCUUGGAAUUCUUCUCUGUCUUUAUCAACUUGUGAAAAACUAUGAGUACAAGAAACCAGAGGAGCGGAGUCCCUUGAUAGCUGCAAUGCAACAUUUUCUGCCAGUCCUGAAGGACAGCUUCAUUCAGCUCCUGAAUGAUCCAUCAGACCAGUCUGUCCUCAUCCAGAAACAGAUCUUCAAAAUAUUUUAUGCCCUUGUCCAGUACACAUUACCUUUGGAGUUGAUAAAUCAGCAAAACCUGACUGAGUGGAUAGAAAUCCUGAAGACUGUUGUUGAUAGGGAUGUACCAGCUGAAACGCUUCAGGUUGAUGAAGAUGAUAGACCUGAGUUGCCUUGGUGGAAAUGCAAGAAGUGGGCUUUGCAUAUUUUAGCAAGGCUCUUUGAGAGGUAUGGAAGCCCUGGUAAUGUUUCCAAGGAGUACAAUGAGUUUGCUGAAGUUUUCCUGAAGGCCUUCGCUGUUGGUGUUCAGCAAGUGUUGCUGAAGGUGCUGUAUCAAUACAAGGAAAAGCAGUACAUGGCUCCUAGAGUUCUGCAGCAAACACUAAAUUACAUCAAUCAAGGAGUGUCUCAUGCAGUCACCUGGAAGAAUCUGAAACCUCAUAUCCAAGGAAUCAUCCAAGAUGUUAUUUUCCCAUUGAUGUGCUAUACAGAUGCUGAUGAAGAGCUUUGGCAAGAAGAUCCAUAUGAAUAUAUCCGCAUGAAAUUUGAUGUAUUUGAAGACUUCAUUUCUCCAACAACUGCUGCUCAGACAUUAUUGUUUACAUCGUGUAGUAAAAGGAAAGAGGUCCUGCAGAAGACAAUGGGCUUUUGUUAUCAAAUCCUCACGGAGCCAAACGCUGAUCCUCGCAAGAAGGAUGGUGCUUUACAUAUGAUUGGUUCUUUGGCUGAAAUUCUCCUAAAAAAAAAGAUCUAUAAGGAUCAGAUGGAAUAUAUGUUGCAGAAUCAUGUGUUCCCCCUCUUCAGCAGUGAGCUGGGUUACAUGAGAGCACGGGCUUGCUGGGUUCUUCAUUAUUUCUGUGAAGUCAAAUUUAAAAGUGACCAGAAUCUGCAGACAGCCUUAGAACUCACAAGAAGGUGUCUCAUAGAUGAUAGGGAAAUGCCUGUGAAAGUGGAAGCUGCAAUAGCUCUUCAAGUUCUCAUCAGUAAUCAAGAGAAAGCUAAAGAAUAUAUUACUCCAUUCAUUAGACCUGUAAUGCAAGCUUUGCUUCAUAUUAUAAGAGAGACUGAAAAUGAUGAUCUUACUAAUGUGAUUCAGAAGAUGAUCUGUGAAUAUAGUGAAGAAGUUACCCCAAUUGCAGUAGAAAUGACACAGCAUUUGGCAAUGACAUUUAACCAGGUGAUCCAGACUGGUCCAGAUGAAGAGGGCAGUGAUGACAAAGCAGUGACAGCAAUGGGAAUCUUGAAUACUAUUGAUACACUUCUCAGUGUAGUUGAAGAUCACAAGGAAAUUACCCAGCAGCUGGAAGGGAUCUGUUUGCAAGUGAUUGGAACAGUUUUGCAGCAGCAUGUAUUAGAGUUCUACGAGGAGAUCUUUUCCUUGGCUCAUAGUCUGACCUGCCAACAGGUUUCUGCACAAAUGUGGCAGCUUCUUCCUCUUGUGUUUGAAGUCUUCCAGCAGGAUGGUUUUGAUUAUUUUACUGAUAUGAUGCCUCUCUUGCAUAAUUAUGUGACUGUUGAUACAGAUACCCUUCUGUCAGACACAAAAUAUCUUGAAAUGAUCUACACUAUGUGCAAGAAGGUCCUUACAGGAGUUGCUGGAGAAGAUGCAGAAUGUCAUGCAGCAAAGCUGUUAGAAGUAAUUAUUCUUCAGUGUAAAGGGCGUGGCAUUGAUCAGUGCAUACCCUUGUUUGUGGAAGCUGCCUUGGAGAGACUGACCAGAGAAGUGAAAACCAGUGAACUGCGAACCAUGUGCCUCCAGGUUGCCAUAGCUGCUUUGUAUUACAAUCCUCAUUUACUAUUAAACACCUUGGAAAAUCUUCGUUUCCCCAAUAAUGUGGAGCCUGUCACCAAUCACUUCAUAACUCAGUGGCUUAAUGAUGUAGACUGUUUCCUGGGACUCCAUGACAGAAAAAUGUGUGUGCUUGGCCUGUGUGCUCUUAUUGACCUGGAGCAAAUACCACAGGUUUUAAAUCAAGUUGCUGGGCAGAUCCUGCCAGCUUUUAUCCUUUUAUUUAAUGGAUUGAAAAGAGCAUAUGCCUGUCAUGCAGAGCAUGAAAAUGACAGUGAUGAUGAUGAUGAAGCUGAAGAAGAUGAGGAAACAGAGGAGCUGGGAAGUGAUGAAGAUGACAUUGAUGAAGAUGGUCAAGAAUAUCUUGAAAUUCUAGCAAAACAGGCAGGUGAAGAUGGGGAUGAUGAAGACUGGGAAGAAGAUGAUGCUGAAGAGACUGCUUUGGAAGGUUAUUCCACAAUUAUUGAUGAUGAAGAUAACCCUAUUGAUGAAUAUCAAAUAUUUAAAACAAUUUUUCAGACAAUUCAGAACCGUAACCCCGCGUGGUACCAGGCUUUGACCCAGGGCCUUACCGAGGAGCAGAGGAAGCAGCUGCAGGACAUCGCGACCCUGGCGGACCAGCGGCGGGCAGCGCACGAAUCCAAAAUGAUUGAAAAGCAUGGAGGAUACAAAUUCAAUGCUCCAGUUGUGCCAACUUCAUUUAAUUUUGGAGGCCCUGCCCCAGGAAUGAAUUGAAUUAUCACUUUUCCUGCUACUGUGUGAUUGUAGUGAAGAGCUUGUGUUCCUCCCAAUAGUGGUUCCAGAACUGGUUCAUGUUAUCUACAACUCACUCUAAACUAAUUUAUAAAUAGAUUGGACAAAAGCCCCAGAAGUGGGACCUGAUUAUUCAACCUGAUACUGGAAAGCAAACCAGAGGUCUUUUUGAAGAUAGGAAGAAUCUGAAUUUAAAGCUUCAAAUGACACGCUUUGGAGAUCGGAAAUCAAGAGGGGAUGUCAUGAAGGCAGCUUUUCUUUUUCUGAGGAAAAAAAAAAAAACUAGACAUGGGCUGCAGGACUAUUUAAAAUGUCUCAUUUACAGUACAAGCUAGAAGGCAGACUUAAUUUUUACACCUGUGGCAGUAUGAGUAUUUGCCCAGUUUCUUUCCCUUUUAUCCCUACUACUGGGUGUCUAUUCUUUUAAUGUAAAUAAGAUAAGGUAAUCAGAUAGCCUUACUUAAUCUUCAUCAUUUCCAUUUAUCAAGAUUGUUCAUAUGUAGAAUAUUGGACACUUAAUGUAGCACUACAUAACUGAUAAAUCUGUAAAUGAAUUAGCACUUUCAUAUUGAAACAAGCCUGCUAGCCUAUGUACAAAAAUAGCAAAAUGUUUGCUGUUUAUAAAAAUAAAAAAUAAGGGAUGUAUUGGGGAAAAUAAUUUCAAGUUAUUAAUUUAAAAUGAACUAGCAGUUUUGUACCUGGUGACUUUGUGGUGCAGUCACCUCUGGUUGUGACUUGAAUUCGGAUAUGUAAAAAGGGGUUAGUGAUAUUUCAUUGCUGCUAAAGAAGAAAUAGCAACACCCUCCGUGUCCUUUGUUUUUUUUAAAGAUCUCACUGUACAAGCUAGAAAAUUGAACAAAAAUGUACUGUAAGCACAAAGAAAAGUUAUCCUCUCUAAGGCAGGUAAAGGAGAUGUGAAGUUCUUAAGGUCAAUUGAAGUGUAUGGGUGAAACACCUACAUAUGCAAUCUAUUAAAAACAACAGUGUCAUUGGCUGAUCUGGGCUAUGGUAUUUAAAUGCAAUUUUCCCCCCCAAGUUGUGCAGAAUAUUCUUUUUCCAGCUCAUGGUAGUGCAGGUGCACUACUCCUGCAUUUCAUUCCCCCUCUUUUUGCACUUGCAGCAUUAGUGUGUGCUGUUGUCUGCCUGAUCCAGACGGUGUAUUUGAAGUUUUGCCAAUCUUUCAGUUUGAAGCCACAAUUUUCUUCCUUCAAAGUUGCUAUAGUAACUAGUAUUUUAGCUAGAGAGGCAAAAUACAGUUCCCUCUGGGACCACUAUCAAAACCACUGUAUGAAGAAGCCAGCAGGGAGAGGCUGUGAAUGGGUUGGCUUAAAUGCCCCCUUUUUCUUUUCUAAAAGCAAAACCAUUGGCGUUUGAUCUUGCCUUGAGAUCAUUGGUGUCAGGUCUUUUGAAUCAAAUGUUUGGGUUGUUUUUUUUUUCUUUAGGCUGUUUUUAUAUAAAAAUGUCACCUGCUGUUACAAUUGAUAUUAAACAAGCUACCUUAAUUUAAUGUAAGCCUCCAAAAUUUAAAUACAGGUUAAAAAUAAACUGAGUUUUUAUCUGUAAAAAUGAAAUGCACAUAUAUAUAUAUUAUGAUACUCAAAAUGCAGUCUUCAGAAAA